AUGGCUUCCCAACGCCUCAACUUCGGUCUACCACCAUGCAUCCCUUCUUCUGUCCAGGUAUGGACUGAACUCGUCCUGGAAGAUUCAUUCACUUACCUGAGAGAAGCGCCUCGGGGCCAGUCACGGCAGCUGCCACGAGCAGACGAGCGGCCCGCCACGAAUCCAGCGGAGGCACAUGAGUCCAGCGAGACUGAAGGCACAGAAGCCACCAGACCGUCCAGAGAAGAGCAUGACCGGGAUGUCGUCAUGUCAGAGGAAGGAGCUACCACCGUGGAUGACUUCGAAGUCGACCCCAACUCGGACCGACGCAAAAGACGGAAGUUGACGCCAGCGGAGGGCACCUGCCUUAAGGCUAAGCUCACUCAGGAAGAAAACGGGCAGGAGGUUGCUCCUGCCAACCAUGAACCAUGGCUUCGUCAGCUGGUGAGUGCCGCAAGUGAAGUGCCGGACCAACAGACGCUACCACCAGUCACUGAGGAUGUUUACAAUGAGGAUGGUGCCCCACCCGUCGAGCCAGAUCAGGACCGUCGCAGCACUCUUGAGGAUCUUCCUCCCACACCACCACCACAAACCGCAGAAGAAUCGUUGGAAGAUCAUCUCGACCCACCAUCGACACCGGACACGAUGGCGAAGCGCGCCGGGGGCACAUUGGCGUCUACGCCGAAACGUCCGAAGAAAGCAACGCCAACGAGACGUAGCAAUCGACAGUCUGGCAAGUUGGCUUUCAAGAACGGUCGCCUAGUGGCUUCGAAACAACUCACUAUUUCGUACACGAAUGUCUCGAAGGAUCCCACCUCCUUUGGUCAGAAGAUCGAAGCGAUCUUGAAGCAGGAAAAGGCGGAGAAGCCUGAGGUUGUCCAAGAAGCGCAAUCCUCGGCAUUUAUGAUCAAACGAGUGGCAACAGCAAAGUCACCCAAGCAACCAAAGGUCGUCCACCCAUUCUUCUUAGGCAAGGCUGCGCCUCAGAAGCAGGACACGGCACUGAGCGAUACUUCAUCGGCUAAAGACGUUACUACGCAGUCAAAGCCUGUCAAGUCGUGGAAUGAUCUCGGCUUGAGCAAUACCAAGGCAAUACGCGCCAAAGAUAGCCAGCUCGUUUCCGUACCCUGGGUGCCUCUCGAGUUGCAACACAUCGGCGUCGACAAGCCGACAGUGUCACAUGCGACUGUCGCGACUGACGCGACUCGAUCCAAACAGAAAGCUCAGCAAGUCAACAUCUCCGCGCAGGAGGAUAUCUUGAACGCCUUUGCGUCCAAGCUAAAGACUGCUCUCUCCGCAAACACAGACAAAUCUUUGCACAUUCCGACUCAGUGGCGUACAACUGGAAAAGACUUGCUUCAACAAGUACAAAAGGGCAAAGUCAACGUGCAGAUCACACCAAACCUUGUCGAUCUACAACGACGCAUCAUGAACGACCAGAGUGCAUUCGACAAGGGCUUGCCCGCCGGUCCACUCGAUUGGACGCACGCUUAUGCUCCGAAGUCGACCGCUGAGGUACUCCAGCCACAAGCAAGCGAUUUCAGAGAAUGGCUAAAGAAGCUCGAGGUCCACAACGUGCAGACGAAGUUGUCAGAACUCAAGAAGAACAAGCGCCAAGGAAGUCCCAAGAAGAAAGGACGGAAGAAGCGAGCCAGUGACCUCGAUGAUUUCCUCGUCUCUGACGACGAAGACGAUAGUAAGGGAGCAUCGGUCAAGAAUGCAAUAAUCAUCUGUGGUCCGCAUGGUUGUGGCAAGACAGCUUCGGUCUACGCUGCGGCACGAGAAGUCGGCUUCGAGGUCUUCGAGAUCCACCCAGGCAUGAGAAGAACUGCUAGAGACAUCUACGACAAGGUCGGAGACGUGACACACAACCACAUGGUCCAGACCAACAAAGCUUCAACACCUUUCAGCCGUGCAUCAAGCGUUGUGAGCGACUCUCAAGACAGUGUUGUCGAGGUGCAGAAGCCAGAUCCGAAACAGAAGUCUCUCGGGACAUUCCUUGGACAGAAAUCAGUCGAGAGCAUUGUCGCAUCAGUGGAAGCAAAGGAAACGGCAUCGCAGAAGCAGGUUCUCAUUCUGUUCGAAGAGGUAGAUGUGUUAUUCGAGGAAGACAAGACCUUCUGGAGCGGCGUGCAGACCAUCAUGGCCAAUUCGAAGCGACCAGUCGUCAUGACAUGCAAUAGCCUGCAGUCACUUCCCAUGGAGGAGCUCGACGUUGCUGCUAUUCUGCACUACCAGACGAUUCCGAUCGAAGCAGCAGUUGAGCACCUCGUUCAUGUUGCCGCAGCUGAAGGUCACCUCCUUGAGCGAGCUGCAAUUCGUGCACUCUACAUCAGUCGUGGUGAGGACCUACGUGCAGCGCUAGAAGAGCUCGAUUUCUGGUGUCAGAUGACUGUCGGCUCGAAGAUGGGAGGACUCGAUUGGAUCCACAACGUUGAACGCUCUGACCAGAACGCGGCGGAAACUGGCUCACGCCGAAUUGUAUCCCAGGACACCUUCACUCAGUACAUAAACAUCGUUCCAGACCCUCACCACAGCGACCAAGACCUCCUUGCCUUCGCUCAGAACAGUCUGGAUGUAUCGAUCAUGGAGUGGCAGAAGAACCAAAGUUUACUCGCAACUGAAGUAGGAACCAAUGUCGGAGCCAAGCUGAAGCAACUCGAGGAGGCUGAGAACAUGGCAUCUGCUCACAGCUUCAUGGACGUCUGCGACGACUCAAUCCUCCCAAUGCUUUCUACCGCCGCUGCCGCCCGCUCAAACCGCCGCAAACCAAUCACGCGCAUCGACAUCUCCUACCACAUCCUCAACAACGCCGACCCUUCAAACAUGCUCCGCCAGGACGCGUUCUUUGCCGCUCUAGAGCCUCUACACGACGAUAUGAGAACGUUCCCACCCCCACAAGGUCGCACCGCUGCGUCUUUGGACUCCAAUGCCACUUCUGUCGUAACCGAAGUCGCGCCAUUUGUCCGCCAGAUCGCCCGCCAAGACCAACAGAUCGCGCGCCAGCGUGAGGAGAUCGAUGCAGGCUCUCAGGGUAGCUCAGGAGGACCGAAGCGCAAGACGAGGGCUGCGAGGGCUGCUUUGGAGGGUGGAAGCGUGGCUGGAACACGUGUUGAGCGCUAUCUGCCGAAGGAACUGGAGCUGGAGGAUGUGGUCGCUACGGGUGGUGACUGGAUGGUUGACAAUAUGUCUAUCUGA